AUGAUCUCAGCGGAAGGUUUCGGUGCACUACCUGCUGUAGAAACUUUACUAAAGCCGAGCACCUUGCAAGACAUGAAAGGAGCCGUUUACCUUAACCGGAAACCAUUCUCUUGCCUACGGUGCAAUAAGAGCUUUGGCCGGCAGGACGUAUUGCGAAGACAUGCUAAACUACACGAGAAUGGAAAGGCACGUGUUUUGGCAGAAUCCUCGGCAACCCCGCCAGCCUCAGUAGCUGAAGAGAACACGCGGCUUGAGGAGCCCAUGGCUGAAGUAACUAGCCGCAAACCCUCAUGUCUUCCGGAGCUCCAUACAGACACAAGUCAUAGCUCCAUACCGGCAGGACCAGAAACGAUGCAAUCGUGGGCCGAAUCUGGCGAGUUGCUUGAAAUUUUGAUGUCAGACUUCAACAGCAACUGGCCUAUCACAUUGCCUGUAAUGCAGUUUCAGCCAUCCGCUGCUCUAAGGAUGGACAGUUCAGAAGUCCUGCCUCCCGCAAACGAACAAAUCGACGCUUUCGACAGUCCUGGGCAGCAGGCUAUGCAACAGAUGAGCAGACUGAUUGGAAAUCUGUCUUCUAGUUUAACUGCUGAGAUUGCUUCUAAGGGCAUUACAUCUGCGUUUUUGGACACAUGUAUCUAUGUCUUCUUCGACAAAUUCAUGCCGUCAUUUCCUGUGCUGCACAAGCCUACUUUUCUAGCACGAGAGACGAGUCACCCUCUCCUGUUGAACAUUAUUUCGCUUGGGUCGCUGUUUGUAGCAGCAGAGGACGCUGUAACUAAGGGCGAGGCUUUGUGGAGGCUGGCUCACAUGUCCGUUGCAACUUCAUGGCAAGCUCUUAUGGCUACCAGGGGUCCGAGAGACCAAUGUAAUGGGGUACAGCUUAUCUUAACAGCACUGCUUGGACAGACAUAUGCGCUAUUAUCAAAGAACGAAAGUUUACGAAUGACGUGUCAAGUCUUUCACGGACUGGGAUUCUAUUGGGCAAGACAAUGUGGGAUGUAUCAAAUUAAUGAAGGUUCUUUCCAUUUGCCAACCUUCGAUACACCAGAAGAUGAAAAAAACGAGCAAUGGAAGAUCUGGGCUGCCCUUGAGGUUCAUAAAAGGGCAAUUCUUGGCCACUACAUUCUCGACGGGCAGAUUUCACAGUUCUCUGGGCACGCAACAUGCGUACGCCAUGUCACAAACCCUCUUCUGACGCCCGCAUCCGAUCAGGCUUUCGCUGCAACGACUGCGGAUGAAUGGAUUGUGGAAGUUCAGAAGCAGGCAACCCCGCAGCGAUCAUUCCAAAUGAUAUUUGUGGACAUGUUCUCCCCCAAUCUUCUGUGCCUUAAUCAACCGAUGUCCAAUUUCUCCGUCCGAGUGGUACUAGAGGGAUUCCAAUCUCUGAUUUCAGAUGUGCAGCAACUAAAGGGCCCUGCUGUUGGAACACCGUCGAAGAUUAGUAUCGCCCAGGCUCUCAUAUCUCUCUACAACCUGAGCCUACGCUUCCUUAAUCCUGCAGCGGCUGAAAGCAUGGAAUUGCUUAUCAGGUGGCACAGCAUCUGCCUUAAUCUAGCCACUCCAACAACACAGCUCUGUAGAUGGAUUUGUGCCACCUACAAUAUCCCGCAGCAGCUUUACAGCGGAGCAGAUUACACCGGCCACGAAUCUGAUCUUGUCGUCUGGGCUCAAAGUGACGAGGGACGCCGAGCUCUUUUGCACUCAAUGGCAAUCCAAGAUCUCGUGGAUAGGUUGCCGCUUGGUCGGUCGCACACUAUUCACCUACCUGCUGCUAUAUUUGCAGUGGCGUCUAUAUACAGUGCACGGUGUAUGGCAGACAAAGCUUCCGUUGCUGUACCAGCAACUAUCCGGUGGGAAGACGCAUGGGGAGUGGAAUCUCAAAAUGAGACCAAUUUCGACAACAUUCCAACACCUAAUAACGACACAAAUGAAUUCAUGCAAGGCAGAUACGUUACGAGCUCGGGAAAGUCUUUAAUGCGAAAUUUGACGUACGAACUAAAUUCACUCCAAAUUAUGCUAGGAUCGAUAUCCUUACGCUGGGGUGUAUCUCAUGAGAUGGAUGCUAUUCUACACCAGUGGAUCUCGAUCGUCAACGAAAGUUCCUAUUCACGGGUCUAG